UCGCUCCCCAUUUUAGAGUUUUUCCGCCCUUUUCCUCUGCGUCUUCUUCUCUCUCUCUCUCUCUCUCUCUCUCUCUUCGCGUGCCCUAGAGAGGGAGAGCUCCCGAUACGAGAGCGAAGUGGGGGAUCUCUUCGUUGCCGCUUCAAUAGGGCUUUGGAACGCGUAAUCUGGCUCCGAUUCAGGUUAGAAGAUUGUUAAGCAAAAUUGGCCUCUCAAAUUUCGGGCUUCAGAGGCCUUGCUCAAGAGAUAAAAUUACAAGGUGCAGGCUACUCUGUACCUCUCCAUUUAUGGCUGCUUACAAUCCCAUGGCCUACGCCAAUGGUGAUUCACAAAAUAAGCCUGAAAGAACCUACCAAGUUGUCGUAGCUGCUACUCAGAAAUUGGGUAUCGGGAAGGAUGGAGAAUUGCCAUGGAAGCUUCCAUCUGACCUCAAGUUUUUUAAGGAGGUCACGACGACUACCUCAGACCCCGUGAAAAAGAAUGCGGUUAUAAUGGGUAGGAAAACAUGGGAAAGUAUUCCUCUCAAAGAGAAGCCGUUGCGGAAUCGGUUUAAUAUCGUUCUCACUCGCUCUGGGAGGUUCGAUAUUGCGACAGAAGAGAAUGUCGUUACCUGUGCCAGCAUGACUUCUGCCUUAAGGAUGAUGGCUUCAGCCCCUUUCUGUUUGACAAUCGAGAAAGUGUUUGUCAUAGGCGGCGGUGAGGUAUUAAGGGACGCUCUUAAUGCACCUGGAUGCGAAGCGAUUCAUCUUACAAAUAUAGAGACCAAUAUCGAAUGCGACACUUUCAUCCCUCCGGUUGAUCUUUCGGUCUUCCAUCCGUGGUACUCGUCCUUUCCAUUGGUGGAGAACAACACUAAAUAUUCAUUUGUGACAUUUGUUCGUGUGAGAAAUUCAGCAACUGAAAUGCACGAUCAAAAAGAUGAGGAAACAAAUGACGGCCCGCCAUGCAAUCAUAAGUUUGAGGUUGAAGAGUUCUCAUUUCUCCCUAAAAUGGUAUUGGAACGGCACGAGGAGUUCAAAUAUCUUAAACUUGUCCAAGAUAUUAUAGCAAAUGGCGCUCGAAAGAAUGAUAGAACAUUAACUGGAACAUUGUCAAAAUUUGGUUGUCAGAUGCGCUUCAACUUGCGGAGAUAUUUUCCGUUGCUUACAACCAAGAGAGUAUUUUGGCGUGGUGUAGUUGAAGAACUCUUGUGGUUCAUCAGUGGUUCAACUAAUGCAAAGGUUCUAGAGGAGAAGGGUAUACAUAUUUGGGAAAGCAAUGCGUCGAGAGAAUACCUUGAUAGUGUUGGCCUGAAGGAUAGGGAGGCAGGUGACCUGGGGCCAAUAUAUGGAUUUCAGUGGAGACACUUUGGAGCCGAGUACACCGACAUGCAUGCCGACUAUACGGGCAAGGGCUUCGAUCAGUUGUCGGAUGUAAUUGACAAAAUAAAGAAUAGCCCAGAUGACCGUCGCAUCAUUCUCUCUGCAUGGAACCCUUCUGAUCUCAAGAAAAUGGCUCUUCCUCCUUGUCACAUGUUUGCUCAAUUUUAUGUGGAGAAUGGAGAGCUAUCAUGCCAAAUGUACCAGCGAUCGGCAGAUAUGGGCCUUGGCGUGCCAUUUAAUAUUGCAUCGUAUUCUCUGUUGACAUGCAUGAUUGCUCACGUCUGUGGGCUUUCGCCUGGAGAAUUUAUCCAUGUGAUCGGAGACGCUCACGUUUAUAGGAACCAUGUUGUCCCUCUUGAGGAGCAACUUGCUAGGCAGCCUAAGCCAUUCCCAAUAUUGAAGAUAAACCCAAUGAAGAAGGAUAUAGACUCGUUUGAGGCGUCCGAUUUCGAGCUUAUUGGGUAUGAUCCUCACUAUAAGGUAGCCAUGGACUUGGCCGUAUAAAGCCCCCCUUCUUUUUAUUUCCGGGGCGUUUCCGACUAAUAGCAGCAGGGAUCUUCUCUUCUACUGGUAAAUACUAGUGUAAGGUACAGAUAAUGGUAGCGUUUUUGCUUGUUGGGGGCGAGGCUUCAGAUGAAUAAAAUACAAUGAACGGUAAAGGUGGUUGUUCAGUUGUUGCUGUCAAAUUCGAAGAUUAUGUGUUCUUCUCUUUCGGUUUUUUUUUUUUAAAAAAAUUCUCUUUUUUAAGCCUUUUUGGUUUGAGCCCUGAUGAGAUGGAGUUGCAUGUCGCCAACCUCUUUUUUCAAUGCCCGACUUGCACCCAACUCACCUUUAAUACUUUUUUUUUUUUUUCGUUGUUUCUUUUUAGACUUCAUAUUAUGGAAGUAACAAAUAGAAAUACCUGGGAGAUGUAUCCUAUUUCCCUUUUUUUUUUUCUACCUA